AUGACACACUUUUUAUUCUCAUUUUCAUUGGCUGAUACAAUUGGGUCGCCACCGGCAUUGUGGGAAAUAAAUUUAAAAGUCUCUGUUGGAACUGGCCUGGUGUCAUAUCUACCAGUACGUCUUUCCUAAGAUGAACCAAAGUUUUACAUGACAUUGAGCCUGAGGACAGAAGCUUCAUGGAUGUUGUAGAGAUCAUUAGGAUGCUGAUCGAGUACUUGGGACUGGAUUUAAUACAUUUGCCCCUGCCAAUAUGGAUGACCAACAGCAGAAGUUUAAUCAGAACAAUCGGAACAAAGCUGCCACUCCAACCUCCAAAAAGAGUCCGAGUCAAUAGAUAUCUACUGCAUCAUUCUGAUCAUUAUGCACGCUGUUCCACACCCGUGUCCAUGAUAGAGGAUGACCAUCAUGGUUUAGAGGAGGCCCUGUGGUUAGAUGAAGAUGCAGAUGACAGAUUUGAAGAUCCAUUCAACUUUAGAUCACACCAGAAAAGAUUCCACAAGGAACCAGCCAAGCGAUUGUUUCAUCAUCGCUUAAAAGAAGAUUUGCAUCCCCACCAACAGAGCACCUGUGAAGAUUCGGCUCUAUGGCUUAACAAAGAACUAUCUAUAACAAACUGUUCCUCUACCUCACAGACUCCAGAUCCCGCAGCUAUGCAACGGAUCUCAGAACUAGAAGAACAGCUAGAACAACUAAGGAAGCAGAUGCAAUCAAUUGUUCUGAUGCAGGAACAAAGUAAAGCUGCAAGUGGUGUAACCAGCAGUGGGCCUCCUCCAGCAGCUCCGCCACCUCCCCCUCCUCCUCCUCCUCCUCCACCACCCCCACCCCCACCACCUCCACCCAUGAGUGGUCCUAUGAUGUCACUUAAGGAAACUAUUGCAAAGAAUAAAAAAUCCCAGGGUACAGGUGGCAAUAAUACAGGCAAUGGGCCUAAGGAGACUAGACCAGACAUGUCUCAGAUAUUAAAAGGUUUAGGAAAAGUCAAGUUGAAAUCUGUAACUUUGGAAAGGUCUCCAGGUGGAACCCCAAUCAGACCUAAAAAACAAGACAGUGCCACUUCAUUCAUAGCCCAGGCUCUGAAGAAGAAGUUUGCUCACAGACAUGUGUACAGCCCUGACCAGGACAAAGAGAACAUGAACGACAGUGGUACCUUCAGCCCAUCAUCUCCCACAACUCCAAAGACUGCAGACUUUGGUCCACACAUGCUUAAACCCGUGAACAGGAGACUUUCUGGCAUCACUAAGGAAAGGAGGCAUUCUGGUGUUCUUAGUCCAUUGGCAGAAGUGAAUAUGUGAUAACAUGGAUAGAUUUUGUUGUUGAAUGAAAGUUGAUUACUGACCAACUUUGGCUCAAAGUCACACUUACAUGGGUUUCCAAGUGGCAAAAUUGUCAGUGGCGUUUACCUUUCAAAAUUGAGAGGGAGUGGACAAGACUUGGUGCUGUUUGACCCACUAUUCAAAUGCCAGCCAUUUACAGGAAACAAGUUGGACUUUUUGUAUGGUGCUACAACAUUAUCUGAACUUACAAUGUUGUUCACACAAGUUACUUUUCUCAGAUUAAAGGACAGACUUUUCAAUUGAAUGAUCUUUAAGAAAAAUAUUGCAACAUUAUGUCCUUAGAUACUUAAGAGUGUUGUCAUUGAUUUAU